AUGUCGGAUUUCGUUAGAGUGGUUGUCGGCUGUUUGGCCAUAUCAGCAUGCACGGAAGGACUGGCUUACUGCCUGGGUGCCCGAAGGCCGCAUAUAAAGGAGCUGGAUGAGUCAUUAAAAAAGAACCAGGCUAAGUUGGACGACUUCCUUGCUCAAGAAAAACCUAAUGAGAGUGCGAUUAGAGCAUUGAAGGCGCAGAUUCAAAACCAGACCACGGAUCUUACGAAGGCAAUGGCGCCGGCUCAGUUGGUUCCGACGAUAUUGAACGUGAUGCUUCUGCCCUACGUAAUGAAGCAUUUCCGGAACCAAGUGUUGUGUACGUUGCCGUUUGAAUUCUUUUGGCCGCUGAGCAGCUUCGCCAAGUCGGGCUUGGAGAACGCCAACCCGGGAGAAGUGUCCAUGAGCUGCUUCUACUUUAUUUGCAUGGCCCUCUGCCGCGCUUACUCCAAAAAACUCUUCCCACAGAUAACAGUCCCCUCGCCUUUCAGCCAGCUGACCGGUGAAGAAGGCAAGAAAGAAGAAGCGGCCGCUGUGGAGAACAAGAAGGACCAGUGA